AUGUCUCUUCUCGAGGGCACAGAGCUUGAAAUUGCGACAGGGGAAGAUGUCCAAAGUGACCGAACUUCGGCUUCCAUUGAACCACUAUCGGAUCCUCAUCAAAAUGGCAUGACGAGGUCUCAAGCUUGGAAUCUAUAUACUUCACAUUUCCUCUCAACAGGGAAUAUCAGGACCUAUAUUAUUUUCACGGCAGCUACAUAUCCAGACACGCUCAUAGCUUCCUCAAUCCGGGGCAUUGUGAGAACACUCGCAUCGAUAUGCUUUGCUUCUAUUGUAGGAAGAUGGGUUGACCAUGCCCCCCAUCGCUUGAAGACACUUUCGAGCACAAUAUCCGUCAAUAGGAUCUCUGUCAUUAGCGCUUCAGCCCUCUGGUUCUUCAUGGUUAGGUCUAGAAGCGCAACUCAGGGCUCACUUCAGUCAACCUCUUCGAUCACUCAAGCAAUGUUCGGUCUCAUUCUAUUUCUAGAAGUUCUUGAAUCUCUCAGUGCUAGUGGCAAUAUGCUUUCAAUGGAGCGGGAUUUCGUGGUCACUGCUGCUGAUCCAGAUGGUCAAUCCUAUGACUUGACUCAUCUGAACUCAGUGAUGAGGAGAAUUGAUCUAAUUUGCAAGCUUAUUGCCCCUAUUCUCAUUUCAGUCAUUGUGUCAGCGACGAGCGUCCAAAUCGGCGUGUUCGUUGUUGGUGCUAUGAGUACUGCAAGCUGGGUAGUUGAACUGCUAUGUGCGAAGAGAGUCUGGGAUCUUAAUCCACGAUUGAGAGUCUUGAAAACGAUAGAAAUUGGGGUCUCAAAUACCGUGUCUCCGAGUCUCCCUCCAUCCAGCUCUCGUCAUAAGAUCUCUCAGGCACUACGUCGUUACGGGCAGGAUUUCGAAAACUACUUCUCCUCAGAGGUCUGGAUUCCCUCAAUGUCGCUCUCUUUUCUCCACAUCUCAGUCCUUACCUAUAGCGCCACGUUUAUGACCUUCCUACUGAACGCUGGCUUCUCUUUGGAUUUGAUUACCAUUGCACGGGCAGCUGGAAGUGUUGUUGAGAUCAGCAGUACGGUGGUAACACCCAUCGGUAUCCAUUACCUCUCAAAAACUAAGGGUCGUGGGCGAAUCCGGGGUGUGGUUACCAGAGCGAACGAGGAUUCUGAAGAUUCAGGUGUAGGACUACUGGAAAGAUUCCCUGAGCAACAAACAGCAACCGAGACAGGGCUCGAGCGAUUGGGACUUUGGGGAAUCUCAUGGCAGCUACUGAAUUUAGUACCCGUCGUAUUCGCUCUAUGGUCUCUGUCGCCGGACACCACCACAACGACCACCUUAUCAGCCAUCGUGUCCCGGAUCCUGGGCCCCAUCGCAUCUCAACCCCUCCUCGCUUUCACACUAUUCUUCUUUCUCUCCAUAUCCCGUCUCGGCCUCUGGAUCUUCGACUUAACUACCCAGCAACUGACCCAGACCAUGAACCCGACCUCCCAGCGCUCCUCUUUCACAGGCGUAGAAUACAGCUUCGUGUCGCUCUUCGGGUUGGCACAACAUAUUGUUGCUAUUGUGCUGCACAGGCCGGAACAGUUCAAAUGGAUCGCGCUAAUGAGCUUGGGCGCUACGGCGAUAAGUACGGUGGCUCAUGCAGGCUGGGUUUGGAAGAUGAGAGGCCAUCUUGUCCAUUGGGAUCGUAUUGGAAAGGGGUGUGAAUGUGUGAAGGUUAGACUUAGACAGGUGAGAUAA